GUCAGUGCACGACUGUAUUUAAGAGAGGAGUCAACCUCGUGGACAGCCAGUCUGCGUUUCUCGGACUGUUUAUCGUUUGGACUCAAUUAUCAGCAUGAUGACUCCACACCUGCUCUGUGUUCCUCUGCUGCUGUCACUGGUGGGCUCGGCAUCCAGCAGAGCUGACAGCGAAGACAUGCUGGUGGUUUCCACUCUCUCUGAUCAGGACUCUACCCUGAGGUGCACCGCCAGACAAAUACCCGGGGUGCAGUACAGCGCCGUGAGGUGGUACAAGGCUGGAAGCGACUCGUCUCAUCAGCGCGAUGGCCUUCUGGCCAAAUACCUCCCAAACGGCACCACCAGAUGGUACAAAGACGUGACCAGGAAAGUGGAGCUGCACGAUGACUCCCUUGACCUCGUCCUGCCCAACGUGACCUGCAGCGACAGUGGAGUGUACCUGUGUUUUCUGGCUGCACCUGUGGGACAGCAGAACCAGGAGGGGAAAGUUAAGCUCACACUGCCAGAUUGUCCUGCUGAUGCCAUCGGACCUGAAACUCCUUUGCUGGUUAUUUUUGCCUCAGCGCUGCUGGUGCUCGCACUUCUCAUUUCCUUCUUGAGCUAUAAAUGUUUGAAGAAUACAGUCAAGGACAGAAUCCAGGUAGCCAAGAAAGAAAUCUCGUUGAACGCGCCGCUCAAGCCCCUGGAAAAGAAGGACUUGAUGCUAAUUUACACUCUGGGUCCCAAAGUGUCCAAGUUGCAGCAUAUUUGUGUCUGAAGACUGUCUGAGAAAGAUGUGACAAAGUCCACCUCCUCUGAGGCAGCAGAAAUGCAAGCAAGGAAGAAGGAUCUAUGGAGAGACGAUCAACGUCUGCAGGGUCCAGUAUUCAGGUCGGGACUUUGAUCGUCCAGGAUGCUUGGGCUGCUCCAGUUCAGGCCAGAAAGAUACACAGCAAGCUGUUGCUUGGAUGCUCCAUACCUCAAUUUAAAAAAAAAAAACAAUAUAAAUGCACUAUUAGCUGCUUCAUACGCAGGACAUUUCAUGGCUAACAUCUAUUAGCUGGUAAAGCUCUUUUUUUUGUCAGACUGCUGUUCUUACUGUGAUGUUUAUGUUCCAAAACCAGUGCUGAUCAUUUCAUCCUUUCACCAUUUCAUACCUUUAAAAAUAUUAUUUUUUUCAACCAUCAAGGGGAUAAUUCUCUGGUAAUUAAUAUCUACCAACAAGACGUCCGUUUAGUUGGUAUGCAGUAAAAUCCAAUAAAAAAAAUGUGAGAAUGGAGCAUUUUUAUCACAAUUUGUCCCCAUAAUUUAAGAAAAUACUUUACCAGAGUAGAGAAAAGAUAGAUAUACUGCUGAUGAACAUGUAAACAAAAUGGUUUGCUUAAAGGUAUGAAAUGGAAAAAAUGGGGUAGAAAUGAUAACGCUUUGGUAUGAGAGGGGGAGUUAAUCCAGAGUUAUACUAAACAGUCUUUCUUUAUUUUACUUUCAAGAUAUAAGUUUUAUGAAAAUGUUUAAUUGAAAUUAUGCUAAACAAAGAAAGUAAAAAAAGUUAGAGAAACACUAGCUGACAAAUAUAUUCUGUUCAUUGUUGUGGAAUUACAGCGAGUUGACCUUAUGUAGGUAGAAGCUGCUACUGAGCCAUUCCAGAACUCAGCUCUUGAUAGCUUGAGUUCUAGUUUCAUGUUCUCAUACUGUGUCUGUGUGCAAAGGUGUGAAAGAUAUAUUAUUUAUUAAAACUGAAUCUGACUACAGUGUGUUUCAGGCUUUGGUGUUCAUGUUCUCCUUCUUCCAGUCUUGUUUUGUUUGUGGAGAUGAGAAAAGCAUGAAACUCUGUAUGAGGGGGCGAACCAGACUAACCUUUUAAAUGCAGAACUGAAAAGUGAAGACAUAUGCAAACACCCACGUUAUGUGCAAAUUUAACUCUGGGGAAAGUUUUAGAUCUUGGUUUCUUAGUUCUGGAUUUUUCUUGGGUUUGAAACUUUGAAAGCUGUUGCCCUGGUUUAACCUUGCAUGAUUUUAUACUUUGCCGAAGAAAUAAUGAAAUGUUUGCUAUAACUAUUAGGAAAGUAAAGCAACAGCAGAGGAACCUAAUAUGUCAUGUAAUCGAUACGUAAAUGGGAAAAUCCAUCAUAAGCCCUUUUUAAUCUUUCCGCUUGCAUCUUCAUUAAACCAGAAAUGGAAAAAGGAAGUAAGAUAACGCGCUGUGGCAGCUAAUACUGUGACGUAGAAUCUCUUACACAUGUCACGUGCACUGUAGCACUUUUUGUUAUGUUUUAAAGGUUUUUUGGAAAUUCAUUAAACUUGAAAUAAAAACUACA